AUGGCAGAACCAGAUGAAGUUGAGGAGGAUCUCUUCGCCGAUCUUUACGAUGGUGAUGAAAAUGCCGCAGCCGCCGGUACAGCUCCAGUCCCUUCACAACCUCUCGCAACCGACACUCCUAUGAAACAGAAUGAUGUUCCAGGCUACGGAGAAGAACCCGAAACUGCUUAUGACCCGGCCGCCUUCGAUGCUGAUAACUCAGCUUUCGAGGAGCCUCAGUCUAGCUUCAAACAAGACCCCCAAGAACAAGAAAAGGCAGAACCAUCACAGGAGCAAAAAUACAAUGUCACUCUGAAGGAGGAUGGGUAA